CAGCCAGGCGGAGCGGAGCCGGGCGGGAGGUGCGGGGAGAGAGGCUGGCACCGACGGGCGGGCGCCUGCGGCUCUGUGCCGGUCGUGCCACGUCACUGGGCUCCGCGUCCCGCCGCUUCUGCCCAGGCUCCCGCAAAACUUUUAUUCUCUGUGCCCCUCACCCUCUGGGUGUCCGGAGGAAUUGAAGCUCGCGGCUGGAGCUCUGCUCUUCCGCCGCGGCGACCCUGGGGGACUGGCACCCCUAGCCCGCCGGGCUCCAGCGCCCGCCCCGCGCCUUCUCACCUGCUCAGCGCUCGCAGGCGCGGUGCCUCCGGGGCCGCGCAGGCGGCAGCGUCUUGGAACUCUCGCGCUUACCGCUGCAGACCGGCGCAACUUUAACUUGAUUGCUCCCUCCUGGCUGGGGCACGAGUAGCAGCUGCGGCGGCUGCUACUGCUGCGGGUGCUGGCCGCUGCCGCCACUGCCGCCUCACCGGGAAUAGGGGAGGGAGGUGGCACCGCGACUAGCACCAGUACCGGUGCGCCAGCGCAGGCCUCUGGGCCGCCCGCUCUGGGAACAAAAGGGAAACUGCCUCUACUGCGAGCUGCCUGCCUGCGGGUCUCGAGCCGGGUUUUCUGUCCUCUCCUCCACCGCCACCCUCAGCGGCUGCUCUGCGCCCCUCAUCGCGGUAGACCCCGCAGUGCUCCGGGACCCAGCGAGCCUUUGGGGCGCGCGUCGCUGCUAGUGUUGGGACCCUAGCGAUAAUAAAUGAUAGAGGAUACAAUGACUUUGCUGUCUCUGCUGGGUCGCAUCAUGCGCUAUUUCUUGCUGAGACCCGAGACGCUCUUCCUGCUGUGCAUCAGUUUGGCGCUGUGGAGUUACUUCUUCCACACGGACGAGGUGAAGACCAUCGUCAAGUCAAGCAGGGACGCGGUGAAGAUGGUGAAGGGCAAGGUGGCUGAGAUCAUGCAGAACGAUAGGCUUGGGGGCCUCGACGUGCUGGAGGCCGAGUUUUCCAAGACCUGGGAAUUUAAGAGCCACAACGUGGCGGUGUAUUCUAUCCAGGGCCGGAGGGACCACAUGGAGGACCGCUUCGAAGUUCUUACAGACCUAGCAAACAAGACGCAUCCUUCUAUCUUUGGGAUCUUCGACGGGCAUGGGGGCGAGACUGCAGCUGAAUAUGUAAAAUCUCGACUCCCAGAGGCCCUUAAACAGCAUCUUCAGGACUAUGAGAAAGACAAGGAAAAUAGUGUAUUGUCUUACCAGACCAUUCUUGAACAGCAGAUUCUAUCAAUUGACCGAGAAAUGCUAGAAAAAUUGACUGUAUCCUAUGACGAAGCAGGUACAACGUGUCUGAUUGCUCUACUAUCAGAUAAAGACCUCACUGUGGCAAAUGUGGGUGAUUCUCGUGGGGUCCUAUGUGACAAGGAUGGAAAUGCCAUUCCUUUGUCUCAUGACCACAAGCCUUACCAACUGAAGGAAAGAAAGAGAAUAAAGAGAGCUGGUGGUUUCAUCAGUUUUAAUGGCUCCUGGAGGGUCCAAGGAAUCCUGGCUAUGUCUCGGUCCCUGGGGGAUUAUCCACUGAAAAAUCUCAACGUGGUCAUCCCAGAUCCAGAUAUCCUGACCUUUGACCUAGACAAGCUCCAGCCCGAGUUUAUGAUCUUGGCAUCAGAUGGCCUUUGGGAUGCUUUCAGCAAUGAAGAAGCUGUUCGAUUUAUCAAGGAGCGCUUGGAUGAACCUCACUUUGGAGCCAAGAGCAUAGUUCUACAGUCAUUUUACAGAGGCUGCCCUGAUAAUAUAACAGUCAUGGUAGUGAAGUUUAGGAAUAGCAGCAAAACAGAUGAGCAGUGAACCUUCAUGGCCUCAGCUGCUUUCAACUAAAGGACUUUCAGUAUAUUUGGUCUCUUUUAAUGCAGUGAAGUGGGAGUUACAGUUAGCAACAUCCACCCCAGACAUAGGAUUACCCCUCCCUAGUGGUUUUAGGCCUAUAUUCUGUGAUCAACAGAGAGUGCUCUUGGCCAGUAUAGUUGAGAUGCUGGAAAAGGUUUCUUCAUGUUUUCCCAACUCUUUCAUUCAAUGUUCAAUAUGUAUAGAAGUAUAUAGCGUAGAUUCACAUGUAUGAAGUGAAUGGCCUGUGUGCCAUAGUUUCCCUUAAAGGUCCUUUUCAAGACCCCAGCAGAGCCCCCUGGCCUCACAGUGUAUGCCCUGUCUUUAGAGCAGCAAGCAGGACACAUCUCCCAGGGGCUGCAGGGGACAUACCUUAUGAUUAAGGGCCCAAGGGGCAAAGCUGUUUGCCAAGAGCAGAGCUGUCCUGAAAUUUCAUCCACAUGAACUCAGGUCCUCUGCUAAGUAGCAGCCCAGAAACAGAUUUGAAAUGGUUUCUUAUUCAAUGGCUACUCUUGAAGACUGAGGGAGUACAGCAGAAAUAAACAUUUUCCCUCACACCCUUUAUUACCUCUACCACCUGACGAGUCCUCAUACAUUUCCCCUAACUGUGCUUGACUUUAACUUUUUGCUUACACCUUACCUUAUGUAAUUGGUAGUCUUUAAACUUUACCACCAGAUAUCAGUUAGGGUAAAUGAAAAAGGCUAACUAGAGUGUCAUAGUUCCUCCAUCUUUAAGGAUAGGUAGAGAAAAAGAAUGGCUGAUUAAAUCAUAGUGCCCUUAAGGAAGUCUGCUAUUUAGGAAAGAAAUCUAGUGAGUUUUCCAGCUGCACUGAACUCUAGCUGCCAGUUUAAUGCAGUCUUGUUUUUGUUUGAUUUCUUCCCCCCUCUUCUACCCUAGUAGCUUUCUAGUAACUUUCAUGCAGUGUUGUAAGGAUCAGCAGUCAGAAAUUAAUGUGUGUUCCUUGAAGCCUCCUACAGAGUUCUCAGCCAGAGUUUGGAAUAUGGUGAUAAACUGCUAGAAUGUGUGCACCCAGCAUCCAUUAACUUGAAAAUCAUCAUCCAUAUUGGUAACUUUCUCCAGGCAAAGUUGCCAGCUUUGUCCCAGAUAUAGCCCACCUUUCCAACAACAAAGUUGGUUUGGCAUUCACUUUAUUGUUAAGCAACAGCCCAGAAUUAUUUGGGGUUAGGCUUGCUGUUCUUCUUUUCCUAGCCCAACGUCUUGUUUCUAAUCUCAGUAUUUCCAGUCUCAAUUUACAGAAAAUACUAAGUUAUCCUGUUUUACUGAGCGAAGUGACUCAAAAAGCCUAUCAAGAUUUUCAUGCACCCCACGCCUCUGUAUCUGAAAGGCCAGGGUGUAACCUGUUUUUUGUUCUUUCUGAGUGGGCACUUGUCGUUAUAGCCUCUUGAAGGACCCACUCACUGGCUACUUCUCCCUUCACUGUCCCUGCCCUGCUCUGUGAUGCUUCCCCAAAACAGCCUCUAGGAGAAAACUAGGGAGGGUGGAAAGGUUACAACUAUCACCAUCCUCUAAGCACUUAGUUUUCUUUCACUGCCUUGAGAAGACUAAUGGUUUCCCAAGGGAUUUGCUUACUUUUUAAAUUCUAAUAAUAGCAUUUUCAACAUUAGAGUUAGAACCCUGGGGUUUGUUUUGUUUUUACCAUAGAAUGUGGUCUAGUCCAAAUAUCUACCACCAAUUUAGAUCAAGUAGACAUUGAAAAUUUCCGUGUUCCUAGUUGAGGUGGAUAUCAGAAAAGAAUGUGGGAAACAUUCUAUUUGUGGUCAGUGAGGGAAGCUCAGGUGGCCUGAGUUUGCUUGGAGAUUUAAGACAUUCUGACUUGAGUUGGCAAAGCCUACUGUCUAGCUGAAGUUCAAUUUUAAGUGGUACACAAUGUUUAAGUAGUACACAAAGCUUUAUGGUACACAAUGUUCCUUUGUUAUUUUUAGUUAAACCCUAAAAUUGAUAUUAACAAGGGAAAUGUAUUUUAAAUUCCUUGAUCAUGGGUAUUGUCUAAAUGGUACUGUUUUGUUGAGAUGAAAAAGAAAAGCUAUUAGAUUAGUAAAUUAGAGUCCAUUUACCCUGCAGAUGAUGAGUAGAUGGCACUGAGUGCAGAGGUGCAUGACUUUCCCUCUGUUUGAGGUUAUAAAGCAUUUACUAAAUUUUGCUUUAAUUAAUUUAUUAAUUGAUUGAUUGAUUUCUGACUUUAACCAAGUGGUAUAUUUUCUACUCCCUUCCUGCCUUUUCUCUUCCUGCUUUGGCUUAUAGGUUUUUAAGGAAUAGAUGUUCUAGACAAAGUAGUUAUAGUUUGAUUAAUAAUCAUGUCUAAAAUCAGAACUUGUGCCCUACCCUUGUCCUCCUGGAAUUCUCUCCCCCAGCUAUAAGGGUGCACAGGUAUCACCUACAGGGGUUCCUGUGGCUCACCAGCUGCUCCUUUAGUCUAGGGGCAGGGAGAUUGAAUCUAGUUAUUGGGGAAGUUGACUUGAGAAUUCAGCAUGGGAAGCUUCCCUGAACAGUGCUACCAAAGCUUUGGAAUUGUUACCAGAGGCUGCCCAGACUCCCUAAUCUGAGUUCAUAUUGCCAAUAGCCUCCAUGGUGCCAAAUCUGGGGAUGGUUUUACAGCUUUUUAGAUACAAAGUUGGGAAGGAAGCUGGGAAGAAGAGCCAUGAACUUAUGAGCUCCCAGCAAGAAGCCAAGCCCAGGCCCUUAAAAUGCACUGCUUGCUGAUCUAGUGGUAAUUUGUAAUCUUAAAAUGGAUGGGAUUAGGGGUGGGGGGAAUAGGCAGGGAAUUUUGUUUUUUAAUUUAUUGUACUUGUGAUUCUCUAAUCAAAGGAAUAAACAAUAAUUACAUAGACAAAUCCAAAGCUAGUUCCCAAGUCCUGCACUUAUUUUGUGUGGCCAUCUUUCCCAAGGCACUACAUGCUGAAGUCACUGUCAUAACACAAAAUGGCUGGACACUUACAUGCAUAUUACUGUAACCAGUGGCUGCAUUAUAUUCUUGUUAUGGACUGAAGGUAUUGGUUUCUUGAAUCUUGAAUAGGUAGUAAGUAUUACAGAAAAUGUUAUAAAAUACUAUAUAAAGUAUACAGGUACAUAUGUAAACUGAAUAAUUUUAAAAGCCCUUAUUUCAUACAGUUAUAAUGAUUUCAACCCACAUACAUUUUAACCAAACAGAAUUACAUGGGAAUUAUGGCAUCAUCAUAUCCAAUAUGGCUGAAGUGAUUUUAGGAAAUUAAUUACUGUGUUGGGUUGGAUUGGAGGUCUGUGAAUACAUAUGGAAUACAUUCACAAAUGGAAUAAUUACUUUUUCUUUUGCUAGAUAUAUUGUGGUAUUCUUGAUGUUCCCCCUGAAUUGUUACAAGCUAUAACUUUCUUGCAGCUGUAACAAUGCAUGCUAUUAUACAUUUAAAUGUAUAAUGGUUUUAUUUUCAAUUAUUUCAGAAUAUUUUUCUCAUAUGACCCAUUAGUAAACUGAUCUUCCCUUAAUAAUCUCCCCAAAUUGCAUCAUUUUGUCACCCAACAUUCCUGAUCCAGUGCUGCAGAUAUAGCCUUACUGUUAGAUAGCAUGCGUAUUUAUUUGCAUUUGGAUCAAACUGUUGGUAUCUAGAUUUUGAGGCAAUUAGCUGAACAAUGCAGGAGUGAUACAAUCUAAUGAUCCUCACAAUGUGUUCCACAGAAUAAAAUUUCAAAGAUGCUCUUUCAAAUAAAGGAUUUCAGGGCCAAGAAACAUAUACUAUCUUAGAAAGUUAAUUCAUAUAUGCACAUGGAAGGCUAUUUAUUCAAAUGUACUGAUUGAGGGGCUGGGGAAGGGAUACACAUAUAUAAUUUAAAUGAUUUUGGUAUUUUUCACAUUAAUUUGAA